AGCUCCAUCCCUGGGCGGCCAAGGCCAUGCUGCUGUUGGUGCUGCAAGCCCUCCUGCCCUGCUUCUGCACCCUGCUGCCCGGGGUGGAACCCGCCGUGUCCCUGGAGGACUUCUACCCCUUUGGUCCUGACCAGGGGGACGCCCAGACCACCGCCCAGGACGACGGAGGCUCCGGGUUCCGGGAAAUCUCUGUCGCCUUCCCAUUCUUUGGUGACAGACAUUCGGGACUCUACGUUAACAACAACGGUCUGGUGUCUUUCCUGAGGGAGGUCUCUCAGUUUACACCGGUGGCUUUUCCAAUUGCUGGCGACAGAAGGGUGGUGGCGCCGUUCUGGGCCGAUGUGGACAACCGUCUGGCAGGGAGCGUCUUCUACAGGCAGAGCCAGGAUGCUUCCGUCUUGAGGAGGGCUUCAGGUGAUGUCAGGACGUACUUCGCAGAGUUCCCCGACUUCAACGCAACAUGGGUGCUCAUUUCUACUUGGCACCAAGUCACUUUCUUUGGAGGAAACUCUCAAACGCCGGUUAAUACUUUCCAGGUGGUGCUGAUUACAGACGGAGAGCUUUCCUUUACCAUAUUCCAGUACAAUAACAUCACCUGGACAACAGGGAGGCAUGCCAGCAGUGGAGGAAACCUAGUGGGGUUGGGGGGCAUUGCGGCACAGGCAGGCUUUAACGCUGGCGACGGCAGGCGCUACUUCAACAUCCCGGGCUCUCGCACCACUGAUGUGGUCGGCUUAGAGGAAACGACCAACGUCGGCUACCCGGGCAGAUGGGUCUUCAGGAUAGACGACGCAAACGUGGAAGUGGGAGGCUGCAACUCUGCCUCGGUGUGUCUGCACCUGCGUCCAUGCCUGAACGGAGGCCAGUGCAUCAACGACUGUAUUACAGGCAACCCCUCCUUCACUUGCUCCUGCUUGGCUGGCUUCACCGGCCGCCGGUGCCAAAUCAAUGUCAACGAGUGUGCUUCCAAUCCGUGCCAGAAUGGCGGGAGUUGUAAAGAUCGGAUUAAUGGUUUCAUCUGCGAGUGUCCUCCCGGAUACAUGGGGGUUCACUGCCAAAUAGACAUUGACGAGUGCGAAGACAGACCAUGCCUUAACAAUGCAUCGUGUGUACAAGGCGAUGGCAAUUUCACCUGUGUGUGUGAGCCGGGUUUCAUCGGGGUGCGUUGUGAGACAGACAUCAACGAAUGUGAAUCCCAGCCAUGUCUGAAUGGAGGAGAAUGUGUGGAUCGGGUGACCGGCUUCAUCUGCGUGUGUCCCGCUGCGUUCAGUGGGACGUUCUGUGAAACAGAGCUGAUGAAUUCCACUGAUCCACACAACCAAACAGUAGAAUGCCUUUGCCAGAACGGGGGCGUCUGCGUGGGCAUCAAUGGAACCUGUGAAUGCCCUCCAGGCUACACCGGAGCUUACUGUCAGCUGGGAAUAACUCAGACCCUGUGCAGUAACAGCAGAACAUGUCCUGAUGGAAGUCCCUGUUUGGAGUAUGGAGGAGCUUAUCUUUGUACGUGUCACACUGGAGUAGAGCCUGAUCAUAUGGACUUUUACCCUGUACAGCCCCAGUCGGUCUGCGACUCCUCGCCUUGUCUAAACGGCGGGUACUGCUACGAACGGGAUGGAGGCUACACCUGCGAGUGCAGAUAUGGAUACUCUGGCAAACAUUGUGAAAAAGUUAGACUUAAUACAUGUGCGUCGAGCCCCUGUCGUAAUGGAGGCUCCUGUAAGGAAGAGGGAGGGAGCUACAGAUGUGUGUGUCCUUACAGAUUUACUGGAAAACACUGCGAAGUGGGAAAGCCAGACCCCUGUUCCUCUACUCCCUGCCAAAACGGUGGAACGUGUUUUCACUACCUAGGAAAGUAUAAAUGUGAAUGCACUGAUGAGUACAGCGGAAAAGACUGUCAAAUAAGCCGGAGCUCACUACAUCCCUCUGCAGAGCUGGGCUGCGGGCCGCCCCCCCAUGUCAAACACGCCGAAGUCCAGUUCUCCUCGACAACACCAGGCUCCGUUGCUGCGUACGUUUGCCAUUCAGGGUUCACGUCUGUGCCCAGAGCCACGCAGAGCAUUUGCGGCACUCAGGGAGAAUGGACCCAGCCGCCCGUUUGUAAGGAGAUUAACGAGUGCUUAUCACAGCCUUGUCUCAACGGCGGUUCUUGUCAGAACAAGAUUGGGUCCUACAAGUGUGUCUGCAAGAACGGCUUUAGUGGAAAACGCUGUCAGAUUGACGCAAAUGAAUGCCUGUCUGAGCCCUGCAUGAACAAAGGGACAUGUGAGGAUCAGUCUGGCUCCUACUUGUGUCACUGUCCACAAGGCUUCAAAGGACAGAACUGUGAAAUAGAGCAAGAUGGUUGUGAGUCCAGCCCUUGUCUGAACGGAGGCGUGUGUCGGGGUUACAGACAGUACUACGUGUGUACGUGUAAAGACGGUUUCUUUGGGGAACGCUGCCAGAUGUUGGAGGACCCAUGUGUGCUGAAACCGUGUGGAACUCGAGGCAGCUGCUGGAGUGACAGGAGAGGAAACUACAACUGUGUCUGCAAAGUGGGCCUCACAGGCAAAGACUGCGAGAAAGACCUGUUGCCACCGUCUGGUCUCCAUGUACUGCGCGUGGAGGAGAAUGAGGUGGAACUGCGCUGGGAUCAGCCGGACCACUCCCACCGAGUGCUCAGCAUGUUCGCUGUGACCUAUGCCCCCCUGGGCAACAGCACCCCCAAAACGGACUACCUGGACAAGCAGCGCUCCACUCAUGUUCUGCGGGACUUGGUUCCCGGCAUGCUGUACAACAUUUCCACCGUCUCCAUCAAACUCAAAGCCUACGGCAACGACACGAGCCAGCCUGCCACUGCGCUAAUUCGCACAAGACCGCAGCGGGUGGAAAAGCUGCAGCUGGUCAAUGUGUCGUCCUCCCAGGUCUGGCUGAGCUGGCUGGUCCAGGCUGCUCAUCAUGCAGCCGUCAGCAGGGUGCAUGUCUCUUUGAUGCCUUCAGAUGGGACCGAGCCUCUCACUGUUGCGCUCAACUCGAGCGUCACCGAGCACACUUUCAGUUCUUUACAGGUUGCUCACAUGUAUACAGUGGAUGUUUUGACUCAAAGUGGGAUCAGGCCGGAUGAAUUUCCUUCCACCAGUCACUCAGCAGGACCUCUGCAAUUCUGGACAAGGCCUUAUCCCCCACAGAAUCUGUCCCUGUCGCAUUUGACCCCCAAUUCAGCGCUGAUCACCUGGAGCCGCCAUGCGCGACACGUCCCAGAUGGCUUUGUGAUCAACGUAACUCGUGGUCUGAAUACCAGGAGUCGCUUCCUGCCUAAUGGGAAGUUGGGGUUGUACACACUCCGUGAGCUGACGCCAGGACAUCACUACUACGUUGCUCUCAUGUCUGUCAAAAACACAGGACAGGAACAGAUCCACAGCAUACCGCAGCACUUAUCUUUUACCACCUUGCCAACGCAGGUCAGACCUGGGAGGAGGGAGCGGCCCACAGUAACGGGACUUGGGAUCCAGACCGGGCGCGUAUUUCCCACAUCUCACCCUCAAGACCUGGGCGGCAGCACAGAAGAGCUGUUCAGAUACACUGAGCUGGUUGACCGGAGGGGGAAGAUAACGGCUAGGUUUUCCCACUUAACGCCGAAAGUGAUCCGACAUCGUACCAGACCUCCACCUAUCAGAUUAGAAAAGAUGGAAGAAACAACAAACAAAAUUAGCCUUGCACUAGAGAUUGAAGAAAAAGCUUUGAGAACACAGCCUGAGUCGCCCCAGGACUGCCACAGUCUGAUCUGCCAGAACGGAGGGACGUGUGUGAACGAAAGGGGCUCCGUCGUGUGCAGCUGUGCGACGGGUUUCAAGGGCAGACAGUGUGAACUGUUUUGCCAGCGAGUGCCCCACCCAUGCACCCGGCUCUACUCUGAGACUAAAAGCAUACCUGUCUGGGAGGGCGGAGUGUGCCACUAUCAGUACAAAAGGACAUAUAAGGUACAGCAGGACGUGUGCUAUCGGGAGAUUUGCGAGCCAGUGAAAAGUCAAACCAGAAGAGCAAGCAGACACCAGUAAUGGUGUUUUUUGGUUUUUUACAAGAAAAUCAAAAGCAAGCUGGAUGCUGAUGAAAGUCAUCACUGUCAUGUGGAGAACCUCCUAGCUACAUUUUUGGUGUAUAUAAUCUACUUGAAGUAUCUGAUUAUGGUGAUUCUUUUUUUUUUGUGCUGAGAACCCCUGUCAAGACCCACUGUAACCAGUUCACAACUGUUUGCUCAUCCGGAUACAGAACUUCCACCCCUGAAGUUUCAUUUGCAGGAAAAGGAAGGGAUCGACAGACGACUGACCCCCACGUUAUUUAUGACGUUUGCUGGCAGGUACUAUUUUCACACGUUUUAAGCAAAUUUGGAUAAGAGACCUUAUAUACCUCAUUUCCAUGCAGAGACACAAGGAGAGGGUUUUAUUUGUGCUCCAGCUGCAGGUUUGUCCCUCAGGGAAAUAAUCACAGAAUGCUCAGAGUCCCUACAUUUUCCUCAUGUGUCCUUAUGAAACAAUAGAAAAUGUACAAUACAUUCUCACCACAGCCCAUGAAUUGAUCUCCUCUGCCAAGUGUUUUCUAUGUAAAAUAUCUUACUCUGUCUUAGCGGGCAUCACUGCUUGCUACUCUGUAAAUAGUGUUUAUAGAUCAUUUUGUAGGUGGAUAUUUUAUUAAUAAAAAUGAUAAAAAUGG